UACAAAAUUUACUUCCGAAAUAAAGAAGGGCGAAGAGACCACUGCUCUGCCGUUUCUCUCCUCUUCCCCUUCGCCUCCUCCCCCUUCCAUAAUUCGAUUCCCUUCCCCAAGAACCCAAUCCCCCCACCAUGACGAGCUCCUCCUCUCCUUCCCGAAAGGCUCUGAGCAAGAUCGCCUGCAAUCGGCUGCAGAAGGAGCUCGCCGAGUGGCAGGUCAGCCCCCCCGCCGGGUUCAAGCACAAGGUCUCCGAUAACCUCCAAAGGUGGGUAAUUGAGGUCAUCGGGGCGGCGGGCACCCUCUACGCCGGUGAGACAUACCAGUUGCAGGUCGACUUCCCCGAGCAUUAUCCCAUGGAGGCACCUCAGGUCAUUUUUCUCAAUCCGGCGCCCAUGCAUCCACACAUUUACAGCAACGGGCACAUCUGUUUAGAUAUAUUGUACGACUCGUGGUCACCAGCGAUGACUGUGAGCUCCGUCUGUAUCAGUAUCCUGUCUAUGUUGUCUAGUUCGCCAGCAAAGCAACGUCCAGCUGACAACGAUCGCUAUGUUAGGAACUGCCGCAACGGGAGGUCGCCGAAGGAGACCAGAUGGUGGUUCCAUGAUGACAAAGUGUAACCGGGCAUCGGCUGUGUCUCCUGCCAGCCUCCCUUACUUUGAUAUCUCUUCCAAGGGGAGAUGAGAUGAUUUAGGCUUAUUUUUAAGCACCCAUCUAUUGGACUGGAAAACUUACCUUGCUGUGGUGGUAUGUAAAUGAGUUGCACACGUGUCGAGUCUGAGAAUAUAUUAUCUCCGUCAGUGAUAUGAUAUAUAUAUAGAAUAAGCAAGAGUGUACCGUGUCAAAUCACUGAAAACGAGCUCAAAAGGAAUGCAGAUUUAACUAUGAUUUGCUCA